UUGAUCUCUUCUUCCUCGCUUGUCUCUCACUCUCUGUCUGCUGCUAGCUGCAACAUGAGCAAUCUUCCGGCGGUUGCCUCCGCGGUGGGCGAGAGGGGCAUCGAGUCGGGGCGUUUGAACACCAACGCUGCAUCAGAUGUUCAGGAUUUGUUCCAACAAAUUAAGGAGUUCGAGAUGUUGCUGGACAACACGGCCGUGAUGGUUCACAGACUCAAGGAAGCUAACCGGGAGUUCAGAUCAGUCACUGAAGCUUCUGCAGUAAAAGCAAUCAAGGAGCACAUGGAGAGAAACAUGGACGAGGUGUGGAAGAUGGCACACACCAUGACAGAUAAGCUCAAGAAAAUGAUACUAGAUAGUUUUGAGAACAAGAAUAAUGCAUGGUCUGAGAUCCAUGGGCGUGUUACGAUGCCCAUGGCUCCAUCAAGCAUGACGACGCUCAUAGCACUGAAGAAUGACCUUCAGAAUCUGAGGAACACUAUCCGAGAAGAGUACCAAGAAGUCGUUCAGAUCAGGAUUUUCGCAGUCUCCGGAACAAAGCUUUCUGAUGAGGUGAUUCGCGUGAUUGAGGUCGGCAGCAUCGUGCAUCUUGGAGAAUGCACAUCAGGGAACAAUAGGUCGAGAGAACCACUAGUUAAGUAGUAGUAGCAGUAGCAGCAGCAGGAGCAGGAGCAGCAGCUGUAAUUUUGUAACUCUGCAGUCUGCACAGAUCAUCGCCGCCACGGUUGAGGAAAUCGAGGAACGCCAUGCCGCGGUCCUGAAUUUCGACAAGAAGCUUAUCGAGUCACACCAGAUUUUCGCGGGCCUGGAGGAACGCAUCGUCGCGCAAGAGAAAGCGCACAAGACAGUCUCCAGGGCAGCGAAGAAGGUUCGACGUAUCGAGACCCGUCUGCAAGAUGUGGAGACCCGUCUGCGAGAUGCCGACGAGGAGCUGCGCGCCGAGAUGAAGGACAACAAGGCGCUGCUCUUCACGCUUGUGGCGGUCCUGUCGUUGUUUCUUCUCUUCGGGCUCUGGCUUUUUGUUGCGGGAAAAUAGGAGACUCUGCAUUAUUGUGCUUUGGUGACUUGGAUGCAUGGGAGCUACUAGAAUCGUAAAUCAGAAGACAGCCUAGCUUUUAUUCGUGACCUGGUAAUAAUUAAGUGAUGCUGCUAAUAUGCACGAGGACUUUGUUUGCCAUUGGCGAUUCUCAAUCAUAGUGUUUCGCACGAAUAGUACUGCAAAUUCAUCGACCGCGGUAGAUCGAUCGAUUUCCUCA